UUGUGCAGUGUUCAAGACAGCUUAUUGCCUCCCUGACUCAUAGACAUAGAUAUAACUAAGCAGUCAGCAGCUUUUGAAGCAGGAGUUCUGCAAACACCUUUAGGAGCGGUUCACAAUGGCAUGUGUUUUCACAUCCAACAAAACAAUCAGAGUUUGUCCUUUCCUCAACGGGGAUGUGGAAAAUCCAGAACCCAAAACUAGCAACACAUGGAUUCAUCCCAAUUUGCCCAGCAAAUGUACAUGGAAACCAGGAAAAUCCAUCUCAGAAUCGCCUCAUAAUUGUGUGCCUUUGCCAAAAGAACCAAAGAUUUUGUCAAAUAUUUUGGAAAAAAUUGGGCAUACCCCUUUAGUUCGGAUCAACAAAAUUUCAAAAGCCUAUGGGCUUAAAUGUGAGCUUUUGGCAAAGUGUGAAUAUUUCAAUGCUGGAGGAAGUGUGAAGGACCGAAUAACAGUGAGGAUGUUAGAAGAUGCAGAAAGAGCUGGCAUUCUAAAACCAGGAGACACAAUCAUUGAACCUACCUCAGGAAAUACAGGAAUUGGGUUGGCGUUGUCAGCUGCAGUAAAGGGCUACCGCUGCAUCAUCGUCAUGCCAGAGAAAAUGAGCAUGGAGAAGGUGGAUAUCCUGCGAGCACUAGGUGCUGAAAUUGUAAGAACCCCAUGCACCAGGUUUGAUGCUCCUGAAUCAAAUGUCCGUGUUGCUUGGAAAUUGAAAAAUGAAAUCCCAAAUUCACAUGUUCUAGACCAGUACCGAAAUCCAAGUAACCCGCUGGCACACUACGACACUACAGCUGAAGAAAUUCUGGAACAAUGUGAUGGCAAAGUUGAUAUGAUUGUGGCUGGAGCUGGCACAGGUGGCACCAUCACUGGUAUUGCCAGGAAGAUGAAGGAGAAAUGUCCCGAAUGCAAAAUUGUUGGUGUAGAUCCUGAAGGCUCCAUAGUUGCUCUGCCCAGCUCACUCAAUACAGCAGAGGAUGCAACAAUGGAAGUGGAAGGGAUUGGACACGACUUCAUCCCAACUGUCCUUGACAGAUCUGUGAUAGAUCUGUGGUGCAAGAGUAAUGACACUGAAUCUUUUCUUAUGGCUCGCAGAUUGAUUAGAGAAGAGGGGUUGCUCUGCGGAGGAAGUGCGGGCAGUGCAAUGUCUGCAGCUGUGAAAGUCGCCAAGCAGCUAAAGGAGGGACAACGCUGUGUUGUCAUCUUACCUGAUUCUGUGAGGAACUAUAUGUCCAAAUUUUUAAAUGACAAAUGGAUGAUCACAAAUGGAUUUUUGAAGGAGGAUGUUCAAGAACAUUAUCCCUGGUGGUGGAACAUCAAGGUGCAGAAACUGAAUCUCUUGGCUCCCCUGACUCUUCUUCCAGAUGUGAACUGUCAAAAGGCAAUUGAAAUUCUCAGGGAUAAGGGAUAUGACCAGGCACCAGUUGUUGCAGAAUCAGGACUCAUCUUGGGAAUGGUAACUCUCAGCAGUAUCCUCUCCUCACUCCUAGCAGGAAGUGCCCAGUUCUCAGAUCCAGUCAUCAAGGUCAUUUAUCAGCAGUUUUCAAAGAUUAGUUUGGAUGACACUCUUGGAAAACUUUCACAUAUUUUGGAAAAUGAUCACUUCGCUAUAGUUGUCCAUGAAUUAGAACAAUACAAUGCUGAUGGCACCUCCUUCACAAAACAGAUGGUGUUUGGUGUGGUCACAGCCGUUGACCUGCUCAGCUUUGUCACCAAAAAGAACAACUCUCAGAAGCUAAACAAUGGAACAUUCAGUUCAGUGCCUUCUGAAAAAAAAUUGUCCUCAGCAGAGUAGGAAAAAAAGACUGAAGACUUUUAAAUAUACAAUUCUGGUUUUGUUUUCCAGUAUGGCUAGUUUCCCAUGCUAGUUUGCCUAACAGUUCUCAAUUUACCAUGUUUCAUAUUAUCCUAAAUGCCACCAAAGAAAAUAAUCUAGGAUUGGAACGAUCUGACAAGAGUUUUAAAUUUAACAUAAAUUGCUAUUUUGUGUAAAAUAAGAUUAUAGGAGAGAAAGAGGUAAAUGAAUUCUCCUAUGAGGUCUUUCUGCAUUGAUUUCUAUCAGACUUUGAAGGUUAACAUUAACUGAUAAGCAUAUUUGAAAUUUUGCUUGACAGAGCAAUAAAAAACUAUUUACUAUUAUAAAAAAUGUCUGAAUUACGUGUUGCAGAAUGGUAAUACAAUUUGCCAGUACACGUUAGAGUUUCCAACCUCCAGGUGUGGCCUGGAGAUCUCCCAGAAUUACACCUGAUUACCAGACUACGGAGAUAAGUUCCCCUGGAGAAAAUGACUGCUUUGGAACGUGGAAUUUAUGGCACUGUACCCCACUGAGAUCCACCCCCUUCUCAAACCUGACCUUCCCCAGGCUCCAUCCCCCAGUGUCCAGGAAUUUCCCUAGGUACUGGAGUUGACAUCCCUAGGUACUGUUUUGCUAAUGGAGGGGUGAUGUAUAAGGUCUUUUAGUUGUUUGCUUAUUUAUUUAUAGUCCACCUUUCUCACAGGAACUCAAGGUGUACACAUUGUGAGUCAGUACAACCAACAAAAUGGGACAUUUAAUAACCAAUGCAUUAGGAUUUUAGAAGUCUGGAACUACCAGAAAAAAUGAGACAUUGAAUAAGUAUUAACAUGACACAUUAAGCCAGAGGUGUCAAAUGACUGGCCUGCAGGCCAAAACUGGCCCACUCAGGACUUUAAUCAGGCCUGUGGGGCUCUUUUCUCCCCCUCCUCCUCCUGUUCUUACCUUUUGAAGUUCCAAGGCUGCCAAAGUUCCUUGCUCUUUCUGCCUUGUCUGGCUGCAUCAUGAAACAAAAAAAAUGCAGGGUGGAGUUUCCAUUAAAGUCUCUGUGCCCAGAUAGAUAGGACCCAGAGGCCUUAACGGAAAAUCCAUUCCACAUUUUCUUUGCAACUUUGUCUGUGCUGUUUCAGUGUUCCUAUAGCCAGCUGAAGCUCAUGCUUCCUGGAGUUGUGUCCUUGCUUCCAGCCAGCUUGUCUCUGCUCAGUGGACUUGCAAACUGAUGUCUAGUGAGUACUCUUAACUUGGGAACCCACAGCCAAAGGGGGAUAUUACACUGGAGAGCCAUUGCCAAUCUGAGUAGACCUGGGGGGUGGGGGGAAACCUUUGCAAUGCCAUUUCAUUGUUUUCCCAGGGUCAGAUCAUUUUAUAUUUUUAGUUUCUGCUGUGAAUCUUGUGCUUUUUCUUGAGGUUUUAUUUUAAAAACUGUAUUGCCAAAUCACAUUAAUUCCCCCACUUUUCAUGUUUUCCCAGGUUCAGAGCAUUUUAUAUUUUUAGUUUCUGCUGUGAUCCUUGUGCUUUUUCUUGUUUUAUUUUUAAAAUUGCAUUGCCAAAUCCCACUGUUCCUCCACCUUUCCAUUUUAAACAACAUAUUGCAAGAGCUUUAACCAUGUUUGUUUUUUAAAUUAAAACAAUGUCUUUAAUCGUG